AUGUUAGCUUCAAAUAAGCGAACGGAAGCAAACAUUGCCGAAAUGCUUGGGGCAACUGAAGAACAGAUUGUGCGAGGAAUGGAUGGAAAAAAAGGCGAAAAGAUAAAACUUGACCUUCCAAAGAAAUUUCUAUUCGCACAAAAUAACGCAGAUUCAGUUGAAAGCUGCGGUAAGUGCUUGGAUUACGCUCAGAUGGGAGAACAGGCAACUGAGCCAAGCAGUGAUUAUCCGCGCGUUCGAACAAUGUGGCAUUCGCUCAACCAAAGAAGUGGCAACAAACAAAUAUACGACGACCCAAUUCUGAUUACUUACGACUUGUUUCACAAUUUCAAUACUGAUUUAAUAAGGUGGGAAACAUUACUGCAAAUGUUUCCACCGGUAAAUAACACUGAACUGCUGGAAUACAUGGAAUUCGUGGCUAAAAUGGCUUAUUUGCAGCAGCUCAUACUGAAAAGGAAUUCAUUAAUACAACGAAGCAGGCAAGGAUUAAUCGACUUAGAUGAAUUCCCUGAUGAGGUAAGAAAUGAUAAAAUAUUCGAUGAGUAUGCCAGGUACUUGAAGGACUUGAUGCACCUUCAACACCUCAGUCUCGUACCGAAAAAAUCUGCCCGACAUUCCGAGCAACAAGCUGAUAACUGUUUGCAUCUGCAAUAUCACUUUCAUCAGUUAUCUAAUUUCAUGCCUCUACCUCGGGAGUGUUUGCUCAUGCAAUGUCAGAAUGAGAUCAAUUCUGCAAUCAAGGCUGCUUAUGAAGGCUCUUGUGAAAAGCACCCGAAUGAUGCCCGGAAUGCUCCCAUCCACGCGCUACCUCUUCUUCAGCUAAACAACUCGACAGAAGCUGCGAUGGAAUCCUGA